AAUUCUUUGACUGGCAAUUUUAGGAAACGCAGCCAUUUUUUUUCGAAAAUGCAAGCUAUUGGAAUGAUGAUGACGAAAUCACACAGAUUGGCUAGGGUUUUGAAGAACCCAUGGCGGAGUGUCUUCAGCUCAGGCGAACGACUCAACUAUUCUCCGGCUGAGGAAUUAGCGACUCAAAAUGUUUUCGAAUGCAGCCUCUCCCUUUCUCUGCGUCGCAGUUUUCACUCAUCCUCGUUGUUCUCCGGGAAUGUCCACGGAAAUUCGUCAGUGGUUGGAUUCAAUCAUCAACAAGAUAUAAUGCAGAUUCCGCCAUCAUCAGUAAUGGUGACACAGAUUAGAUUGUCUUCUUCAGAAGCAACAGCGGCUGAAGCUGAUCCUGCAGACGCAGAGACAGCGAAGGGAGUGUAUGAUAAGCUGCUGGACUGUGUGGUAAAGAAACGAAGUGCACCUCCAAAUGCUUGGUUGUGGUCACUCAUUGCUCAAUGUUCUACUCGUGAAGAUAUUAAGCUCCUAUUCGAUAUUUUGCAGAAACUUCGUACAUUUAGACUCUCCAAUCUUCGGAUACCCGAUGAUUUUAACAGUGCACUUUGUAGGGAAGUUACAAAGGCCUGUGUUCGUGCAGGAACCAUUGACUUAGGUAAGAAGGCUCUGUGGAAGCAUAAUUUAUUGGGACUGACUCCUGACAUUGGAUCUGCCCAUCAACUGCUGUUACACGCUAAACAACAUAAUGAUGUCAAACUCACGGUCGAAAUAAUGGAACUAGUGAAGGAGAAUGAUUUACCUUUGCAACCUGGCACUGCCGAUAUACUUUUCAGCAUUUGUUCUAGCGCAAACAGAUGGGAUUUGAUAUCCAAAUAUGGGAAAAGGUUUGUGAAGUCUGGAGUAAAACUUAGACAGACUUCCUUUGCCUUGUGGAUGGAAUUUGCUGCCAAAAAAGGAGAUGUUGAGUCAUUAUGGAAGAUUGAGAACUGGAGAUCCGAAGCUACGAAGGAGCAUAAUGUCUCUACUGGGUUUGCUUGUGCUAAGGGUUUCCUUCUCGAGCAUAAGCCUGAAAGUGCUGCUGCAAUCAUUCAACUACUAUAUCAGACUUUACCUGAUGGAAGAAGGACAAGUAUUACGGCCGAACUUCAAAAGCUCGUGAGUGAGUGGCCUUUGGAUGUCGUAAAGCAUCAAAAAGAGGAUAAAAGAGAGGCAUAUGCUGCAGCAUUACAAAAAGAUAUCUCUGCGCUAAUCAAUGCUUUACCAAGCUUGGGUGUGGAAGCAAAUGUAACCAUGCAAUAGUUUACUGGAUAAUAACCGGUUUUGUCUUGGAUAAAGCGGAAGAAGCACGUUACGCUUAGUGCUGUUAGACCGACCCUACAAGUAUUACUCUCUCCUCGCAUGCUGUGGGAGUUGUGAGAACACACCCCAAAUUUUGGUCAGAAUUCACAAUCUUAACAAUCCAAAAGUUCUACUUUCCGUUUGCUCUUUCGUUGACUUUUAGCAGUUCAAUGAAAAUUCAGCUGUUAUCUUCUUCUAUCUUGUUCCGCCCGAGUUCAUUCACGAGCCUACGUAGUAGUCGUUUAAACAAAAAAUGGACUAGUGUAUUAUGAUCGAAACAUUUCCUUUUCGUUAUUUAUUAUUAUAUAUUUUUAAU